AUGAAAGCGUGGAGUGUGUUAUCUUUCCUGUCUGCUGCCCUCCUCUGCUGCGCCAUGGUGCAGGGCUACGCCAACGUGACCGAGUUCUGUGAGGACAGCCAGUGGGACCCCGUCCAGCCUGCGUUCGCCAGCGCGAGUGAGUUCAACGGUGAGCGGCACCUCUUCCUGGAGUUCAGGGACUACUUCGUCGAGAUAACGUCCAAUGUGGACCUCGGCAACACGACCGUAGAGGCCAAUGUGAUCAGCCAGCUCAACGCCAAGCUCACCAAAAAGGGGUUCAACAAUACCGUCUACAGCUUCACCAUCAUCCGCUCGAACGGUGACAUCACGAUGGACACCAUUCUCGGCGUGAACCCGGUCAUCGACAACCAUGGUGGCCGUUACUCUCUGGGCAAGCCCAUGCUCUGCCGUGACUUCCAAACCGUGGUCUUCGACUACACGUACGUCACGCGCACCGGCCUGCAGUACCGAUUCUGGUCGCAAGCCGUGCAGACCAGCGUGCAGAAGCAGUUCUUCUCCUUCCGGUUCAACAUCCCCGUCCAAUAG